GUGUUGGUGUUGAGAAGACGACACACUUCUCCUUUAAGAGGGGAAUAUCCACUUUGGUUUUCCAGUGCAGAUUCUCUCUAUAAAGGACUUUAAAGGAUCAUGUCAGUCGUGAUCUCUAACCUGGAGAUUUAAAAACGUGUGUGUUUCCUCUGGGUUCGGCCCGUCGCCUGUUAUUGAGGCUCGACACACGAUCAGUGAUGAAUAAUUAACCCAGAGAUCAGCUGGAGUGAAAGUUUAUUCAGAUCUUGUGUGAGACACACGUGAGCGUCUCGGUUUGAUCUCGGAUGAAGCUCUGUGAUGUAACCGGAGGAGAAGCAGCGCCUGUAAUCUGGGAUCUCUUUACAACACAGAAAGAAAACUAUCAACACUUUCAUUGCUAGUGUAUGAAAGCACAAUCUAAUUUUUCCACUUCUCCAAAGAUAUUGCAGUGAUUGUGGAUUUUGUUUCAUCACUGUGGAAUAUGGUCUCAGCGUAGCUCUAUGUCAUGGCCUGCAGUGUCGCUAAAGCAGGUCCUACUAAUGGCUUCCCGAUGAAAGCACAGCUGCAGAUCAUGGUGAUCUCUGCCAAACUCAAGGACAACAAGAAGAACUGGUUCGGGCCGAAUCCGUACGUGGAGGUGUCUGUGGACGGCCAGUCCAAGAAGACGGAGAAAUGCACCAACACAAACUCGCCCAAGUGGAAGCAGUCGCUCACUGUGAUCGUCACUCCGUUCAGCAAGCUGAUCUUCCGUGUUUGGAGUCACCAGACGCUGAAGUCUGACGUUCUGCUGGGCGUGGCCACACUCGACGUCAGCGAGACGCUCAAGUCACAUGACAUGAAGAUCUGCGAGGUUGUGCAGACGCUGCAGUUGUGCGCAGACCAAGAUCAGGCCGAUAACAUUGGCGAUCUGUCCGUGUGUUUGGACGGUCUGCAAGUGGAUCCCGAUCUUUUCCAAUCGGUCGAGGCCAACAACCAGAAUACUUUAAAUGGCGAGUUGGAGCUUAACGAAGACUCCAGCAGAAGUAGCAGAGAUCCGUCCCCAACGGUCUCGGACGGUCAGGAUCGACCGUCUGCUCCUAACGGUCGUGUGAAUGGUUUGGACUCUCCGUCAGGGUCAGCAAGAGGGUCACGCGCCCCGAGACCCCCACGACCCUCGCGACCUCCCCCGCCGACCCCACGCAGACCCACGUCCUCCCCAGCUUCCUCCACUGGUUCAAUUCCUGACGGCAGCGAUUCGUCUCGUUCAGACACUCCAGUUCGUAAUCCCUCUGGGGGAGGAGCCUCCGAGUCUAGCCCCGCCCCCACAGUGGACCAGCCUGGCAGGACGGCUCUCGGUGUGGUUCCCGCUCCCAGCAGGAUUCCCAGCAUCGUCAACACCGGACCUCUGCCGCCCGGUUGGGAGCAGCGUGUCGAUCAGAACGGGCGUCUGUAUUUUGUCGACCAUGUGGAGAAGAGGACGACUUGGGAAAGACCGGAGCCUCUGCCCACAGGCUGGGAGCGGCGCGUGGAUCAGAUGGGACGGGUGUAUUUUGUGGACCACAUUACCAGAACCACCACGUGGCAGCGGCCCACGAUGGAGACGGUGCGAAACUACGAGCAGUGGCAGCACCAGCGCAGUCAACUACAGGGAGCCAUGCAGCAGUUCAACCAAAGGUUCAUCGUCGGGCUGCAGGAUCAGGCCACAGCCACCCAGAAUAAGGAGUUUGACCCGCUGGGACCUCUGCCACACGGAUGGGAGAAGAGAACGGACUCUACUGGCAGAGUUUAUUUCGUUCAUCACCCGACCAGAGCGACGCAGUGGGAGGAUCCGCGCACUCAAGGUUUGCUGAAUGAGAAGGCGCUGCCUGAAGGUUGGGAGAUGAGGUUUACGGUCGAUGGCAUCCCUUACUUCGUAGAUCACAACCGGAGAACCACCACUUACAUCGACCCACGGACUGGGAAGUCCUCCCUUGAGAACGGUCCUCAAAUCACAUACGUACGAGACUUCAAAGCCAAAGUUCAGUACUUCAGAUUCUGGUGUCAGCAAUUAGCGAUGCCACAGCACAUAAAGAUCAACGUCGGCCGCAAAACGCUGUUUGAAGACUCGUUCCAGCAGAUCAUGAGUUUCAGCGCUCAAGAUCUGCGCCGCAGGCUGUGGAUCAUCUUCCCCGGGGAGGAGGGGCUCGACUACGGAGGCGUGGCAAGGCAGUGGUUCUUCCUGUUAUCUCACGAGGUGUUGAACCCCAUGUACUGCCUGUUCGAGUACGCUGGCAAAGACAACUACUGCCUCCAGAUAAACCCCGCCUCCUACAUCAACCCCGACCACCUCAAAUACUUCAAGUUCAUUGGACGCUUCAUCGCCAUGGCCUUGUUUCAUGGGAAAUUCAUCGACACGGGCUUCUCGUUGCCGUUCUACAAGCGCAUCUUGAACAAGCCGUGGGCUCUGAAAGACCUGGAGUCCAUUGACCCCGAGUUUUACAACUCCCUCAUCUGGAUCAAGGAUAAUAACAUCGAGGAGUGUGGCCUGGAGAUGUAUUUCUCUGUGGAUAAGGAGAUCCUGGGUGAGGUUUCCACUCACGAGCUGAAGCCGGACGGCGGGAACGUCCAGGUCACGGAGGAGAACAAGGAGGAGUACAUCAGGCUGGUGGCGGAGUGGCGGCUGUCUCGUGGUGUCGAGGAACAAACUCAAGCAUUCUUUGAAGGAUUUAAUGAGGUUCUUCCACAGCAGUACCUGCAGUAUUUCGAUGCCAAAGAGUUGGAGGUGAUGUUGUGUGGCAUGCAAGAAAUCGAUCUGAAUGACUGGCAGAGGAACAGCAUCUACAGACACUACACCACGUCCAGUAAACAGAUCCUGUGGUUCUGGCAGUUUAUUAAAGAGAUGGACAAUGAGAAGCGCAUGAGACUGCUGCAGUUCGUCACCGGUACCUGCCGCCUGCCUGUCGGAGGAUUCGCAGACCUGAUGGGGAGUAACGGAGCGCAGAAGUUCUGCAUCGAGAAGGUCGGGAAGGAGAACUGGCUUCCCCGAAGCCACACAUGUUUCAAUCGUCUGGAUCUUCCUCCGUACCGAAGCUACGAGCAGCUGAAGGAGAAGCUGAUGUUUGCCAUCGAGGAGACGGAAGGUUUCGGACAGGAGUGAGACGCUCACACACACACACACACA